CAAAAGAAGUUCGUCCCGCCGCGCGUCCGUCUGAACACCGUGACACGAUUUCGAAGCGAUAAGUGUGCCGAUCCGAUGGAUAGUGGGUAUUAGUGGCCUUUCAGUGCGGUUCGUUUUGUGGCGCUCAAAAUGCGUUUGAAUACGGGUGGUUUCGUGAACGCUAUCAAGUUGUUCAAAUUGGAUGUUAGGAUUGUGUUAUAUUCCUUUGGAUUGCUGCUGAAUGGAGUACUUUCUCGGGGAGAAGCCCGAUGUCGGUUUCCGGGGGCUCCGGCUCACUCGUCAGUGUUUUUCUCGAACGAGUCGUUGGGAGUGGGCACCGUGGCCACUUACACGUGUGAACGGGGCUUCGAACUCCUCGGGCCCUCCAGGAGGGUCUGCGACAAGACUGGACAGUGGGUCCCCGAAGGAAUCCCAUUUUGUGUGUUGAACGUGGCGGCUGGAAAGGCGCCGAUGCAGAUAAGUUCGGAGCUGGCCGGCGUGCCGCAGAAGGCCAUCGACGGCUCCACAAGCUCGUUCUUCAGCACGGAGACAUGCACGCUAACCAAACCAGAGCCCACCCCCUGGUGGUAUGUCAACCUCCUCGAACCCUACAUGGUCCAGCUCGUCCGCCUGGACUUCGGAAAGGCCUGUUGUGGCAAGAACAAACCGGCGACCAUCAUCGUUCGCGUGGGCAACAACCGGCCGGACCUGGGCACUAACCCGGUCUGCAACCGAUUCACCGGGUUCCUGGAGGAGGGCAAACCCCUGUUCCUUCCGUGCAACCCCCCAAUGCCGGGCGCUUUCGUCAGUGUUCACCUGGAGACGACCGCCGGACAGAGCCAGCUUUCAAUCUGCGAGGCCUUCGUCUACACCGACCAGGCAUUGCCGAUUGAACGGUGUCCCCAAUUCCGAGACCAACCACCUGGAUCGACAGCUACGUACAAUGGCAAGUGCUACAUCUUCUACAAUAGACAGCCGCUCAACCUUCGUGAUGCGCUCGCAUUCUGCCGAAGCCGAGGUGGAACUUUGGUCGAUGAAAGCAAUCCUGCUCUCCAGGGCUUCAUCAGCUGGGAACUCUGGCGAAGGCACAGGAGUGACACCAGCAGCCAGUAUUGGAUGGGGGCUGUCCGAGAUCCACAGGACAAGAUGAACUGGAAGUGGUUGAAUGGAGAUGAUGUUACAAUUUCCUUCUGGAAUUUGCCUGGUGGGAACGAGGACUGUGCUAGAUACGAUGGCUCAAAAGGAUGGCUUUGGUCGGACACGAACUGUAACAUUCCUAUCAACUACAUCUGCCAACAUCAACCAAAAACUUGCGGCAAGCCUGAACAACCACCCAACUCAACAAUGAUAGCAGAGAACUUCAACGUCGGCUCCGUCAUCGAGUAUUCUUGUGAUGAGGGACAUCUGCUUGUUGGACCCAACACUCGUGUCUGUCUGCCAACAGGAUUCUAUAAUGAAUUCCCACCUGUCUGUAAAAAGGUGCACUGUGGAUAUCCCGCAGACAUCCCGAAUGGUGGAUACAACUUGCUCAAUGGUACGGUCGGAUACCUGAGUCAAGUGAUGUACUAUUGUAAUGAAGGCUACAAAAUUACUGGUAGAGCACUGCUCACCUGUGACAUCGAUGAACGAUGGGAUGGACCUCCUCCACGAUGCCAGCCGGUCCGGUGCCCGGAUCCCCCAACCAUCCUGAACGGAGAGGCUUUUAUUUCAAGUAACACAACUGUAGCAGGAACUGUAAUUGAAUUCAGUUGUAAUCGACGGUUCAAACUUGUUGGAGCAAAACAACUAGUUUGCUUACCAUCAGGGGUCUACGAUAAUAAACCACCAGUCUGCAAAGAGGACUUGCGACCAGUUCCUGGCCUAAGUCUAGGUCCUGUGGUGACGCCGACAAAAUCAUCCUCAACUGCAGCACCAUCGACAACACCGCGAGAGCGCCCUCGACCAUUCUCCACGAAGCCAAUCUCGACAGUACGGCCUCGGCCCUCACCCAUCCCGCCCCUUCUACCUGUCCCGGAGAUAGAGGAUAACAACCUGAGUGAGUCGGGUCGAGUGCCCAACAUUGCCAUCGCCUCCUCACAUCCGACAGACAACGAGAUUCCUGACUCUGUCCACGUCAGGAAUGACUUGUCGUACAAUGCAGCCAAUGUGCCUGUCCACUCGCUUGAGGAGGAUCACAAAGAAACGUUGAGCAGCAAGUUCAACAACUUAGGUGCCAUUAUUUUAUUGGGUUUACUAGGUGGUCUAGUUUUCCUCGCAGCUGUCAUCGUCACAGUAGUCAUUUUAGUUCGAAGGAACCGAAGUGCCAAACACUACCGCCACCGUCCUUCACCGGACUGUCACACAGUGGCGUCUUUUGACUCCUCAAGCUCGGAGAGCCGCAAUGGACUGAACCGUUACUACCAGCAAGCAUGGGAGAACCUUCACCAGUCAGCGAGCAACAAAGCGCACGCUCAACAUGCCCGCAGGAAGGACAUGGACCCCCGACUCGAGGGUAUGCGUGAUGGAAGCGAGUUAGUUGUCAGCGAUGUAGCCACAGUUUAUCCGCACCGAGUCGCUGGGGAGAAAAAGCGCCAUCAUCAUCAUCACCAUCACAACCACCAUGGUGCUGAGCGGGACUGGCGCCACCACCACCCUUCUGCCAAGCACCGCUACUAGAUGCGGGUCAGGGUGCCCGUACAGAGUUAAUACAAUACUUGAUGAGGGAUUGACUUGCUCAGCAGGAAAACAGGCUUGUUCAUCUAAAAUAUUGUGAUUUUACGAGUAUUUUGUGUUGAUUUUGCCUCCAAAUCCUAAUCUCUUAGUAUUAGGAGGAUUCUUCUGUCCUUAUGAAAGUAUACUAAUGUCUAAAGUGCAAAGCCUUGUUCUCCAUUGCGGUGUUUCAAUAUUUCCGCUCUUAUAUUACUUUUUCCCAGAGAAACAUGUCAACUUUAUAGCUUGGAAUGUAUACAUUAUAUUCUGCUAACAGUAAAGAAAAAUUAAAUUAGUUUUCAAGAAGUUACGUUGACUAGUUUUUCAGGGGAAAAAUAAAGUAUGACAGGAAGUCUGUAACUUCGUAAACAGUAAACAGAGGUACAAAGUUUUGAACCUUGGCCAUUGAUAUGUUUCAAACCUUUCAGUUGAUGUAUGUCCAGAGAAUCCACAUUUCAGGGGGUGAAUUUCGAUGCAUCUACAUGAGAGAAGUAAAUCUCAAUUGGAGGUUUGCAAGGAAGAACUAUCUAUUUUAGUAUUCUCAUUGGCAAUUUGUAUCAAACAGGGGCAUGGAAGUGUUAGAAGAGAUAAGCGAAUUCUGAAGACUGCUGAAUCAUAGUUUCCAAAAACUUCUCAAUACUCUACAAAGAGUCUGUCUCUCAUCACUGCUGGCUGGACGUUUGAAUUUUCCUGAAGAUUAAGUUCUUUUGUGCAGUGCAACACUCAUCAGAACAAUGCUCUGGGAAACCAGUCCAUUUGUAUUGCAAAUUCUUAGGAGCCUAAAGUAAAGCCAUGUCCUGUCAGCUUUUGGUCUGGAGACAACACUGGAGCUAAAUCAAAUCUACCCUCCAAACUAAAAUUGUUACCUACCAUAAUAUCCAUUGCUAAAAUAAGUAGGUUUUCCUUCCAAACUUUUUAUGUAGAUGGACCUCCUUUGCUUUUUUUAUCUAUUUAUGAACACAAAUUACUGGUAAAAUCAAAUUGAUGCGAGUCCAACAACUCAUUAUUUCUUUCAUACAUGGAUUUUAUUUUCACAGGCUGCAUGCCUUAACCUUUAACUAUUUUACACAGUAAAUCACAGGCAAAAAAAAAAGAAUGCAACUUAUCAGGGGAAUGCAAUGAAUAAAACUGCUCAAGUUUGUUCUCUUUUUCAUUAAUCACUUUUUUCAUACUGGAAAUAUUAAGACUAUGAUACCACCAGAUUUUUGCCCAGGGAAAGCGGCAUUUAAACAAGAAAAAUAAGUAUCAAACUAUUUUUCCCCUGGUGAGUUUAGUCCUAUUCUUUUCACUUCAAAAUAGCUCUCUAAUCUUCAAUUUGUUUUCAAAAAAUAUUCUGAAUCCAGAAAGAAAGUUAGCAUGUUUUAAUGAACAAGUCACAUGUUAGACUGCAUGCAAUUUUUGGUAGAAGUGUGUACCAACAAAAGUUAGACUUAUUUUCUCUUCAUAGAUGUAUGCCCUCAUAAUAUUGUUCAUCUGAGAAUGUGUUUGAAACAGAAACAAUAUUCAAACAAUAAUCAGUGGCUACCAAAAUGGUGGUUACUCACCUGUGACAGACUGCUCAAAAUUCUGUUGAAUCUGCGAGUUCAUGGAAACUAUGAAUUCUGAAGCAGAGUUUCCUCAGAGCUUCAAAUUUGUAAAGAAUUUAAUCCACGUAAGGGAAAAUAGCCAAUGACACGUUUUAGUUGAAUGUCUCAAAACAUGAAUCAAUAAAUUGCAGGAUACUUUCUUUUACAUAUCUUUUUGUUUGACUGAAAAUUCAGUGAAAACAAAUGUAAAAUAAUCAUCAUACAUUUUGAAAUUAUAAAACCAGCAAUUCUUCUUUCAAAUAUCUUCGAAGGAGAAAAUAUGUUUUGCAAAAUGUUCCAUCGUAUCAUAGUUUUCAAGCUGUGCUCAAAGUGGCAUAGACCUGUGUAAGUAUACUGGUGUAAGCAAAGAGCUUGAGUCAAUGAAGACUUAUCAAUUGCGAUCCUUGAUUUGUGUCAGUUGUAGUCAUUGACUUAAGCUUUCAAUUGGUGCUGGUAUACUAGUGGAUCCAACAUCUGGUGCUGAAAUCCUCUUUAAACUUAAAAUCUUUAAUGGACCACCAGCCAAAGUAUGUAUUGAAGCUAAACUCAACAUGUACUCUCCUCAAAAUUUCAAGAGGAGAACGAACCACACAACAAAAAGUCUGGAAAUCAACUCCUGAACAAGACACAAGUGUUUACAAUUAACACUGGUUGUAUGACAAAAAUACGAAUGACAUCAUUCGCAUAAUGUAGUUGCCACUGGAUCUAGGCUAAAAAUAUGUGUUAAUAUCGUGUUCAGACCUUGAUUUCCCUAAUCUCUGGUUGUGUGAAUUGUGUUCUACAGAAGAUUUUGAAGGGGAAACAUGCCACAUUUCUCUGUAGUUCAGACCUUGUCUCGUGGGGCAUUCUCAUUAACUUUGUUGGUAAUUCAGCUUUCUCUUAGCUCAUACUUAUCUCGUAAUGACCUGUAAGCUCUGGGGCGGUGAAAUUCAGCUCUUUAUUGGAAAAUUGAUGAUAUCAAAUGGAACUUUCCACCUCUUUGCAUGAAUAGUUGAAUUCAAGCAUUCACAAUUUUGCUAUUUUCAGAAUCAAUGUUACCAUUCUAUAGGGAAUCCUUCGCGAGAGUCUACCAGCAGGAGCUACGAGUUUGUUGAACUCUAAAUCAUCUCUCCAUAAGUUCAUUAAUUUGUGAUCUGGUUUCACUAAUUUCACUUAUUCCGUUAAUUUUCAUUCAUUUUGCUGAUUUAUAUGUUUAAAGAAACAUUCGAAAGGGAAUUGCUACACUUGAAAAUCAUCAGGACUAUGCUAUUUCCAUAACGUAGUCUUCCAAAAUUUUCUGAACGACACUCUCGCAAUUUAGGGUUUUGCAACUCAAUGACUGAACUUCAAAACUGAGUUUCCCAAUAGCAAUGUCUUGAAAUUUCUGCUCUUACAUUUUUUUUAGAGAAAAAAUGGUUAAAAUCUUAAUCUGAAAUUUUCACUCAGUUUUUUGUUCUUGCUUCACUGUCUAACUUGAAGCUGCAGUGAUGAGUCAUUUUUCCUCUAAAAAAUAUAGUGCGGGCUGAAAUUUAUAAAAUUUUGCCUUUGAAACUCUUGGUUUUGAACUAGAACCAUCAAUGUAACACUCUGCUGGUUUUAACCUCUUAACUUAAAGCUGUAAAAGUUUAGAGAGAAAAUGCAGAAGAACCGCAAGGUUACAGAAUUUUUCUCUUUUAAGAAGGCUAGGAUUAGUGAACAAUUCCUUUUAAUUUGGAUUUUUUUGCAUAGCCUGGCAACCAAUGAACCGGUCAGUGACUAGCCAUUUAAUUAUUAGAUUUUGUCGUUUUUUCUUUCUGUUUAGUCAUGAAACCAGCAAACGGAAACUUCGUAAACAGAAUUUGAAAAAUCGUGACAGAAUCGUUAUUGUUUGUAGUCUAUUUAUUUUGCUAUUUGUAUUUAUUUUUACACGACAAUCUAAGAAAAUUACAGUUUUUUCAAACUAUACAAAGUGUAUUUUUGUAAAGUAAGUAAAUGAAUUUUGUAAAUAAACUAGUGUGUAUAUGAAAUGAAAUGAAAACUGUUUUUUAUAUUUUUAAAUUUUGUUUUGAUUUUUGAAUAGUAAAUCAGCGUUUCAGCCUCUUUCCUGAUUUUGAGUCCAAAGACUGGAAAAAAACGUUAUAUCUGUUCCAUUCAAUAGCAGCUACUGUUUAAUCUUUCUUGAUGCUGGAAUUUAAAAGUAAAACCCUACAAGAAUACAAUGAUAAAUGUUAGUUCACAAACAUAUUUUCUUUCGGUGAGAAUGAUUCAUAUGCAUACUUCUCAUUUUUCAUCCCAGCUCAGAUUUGAAGUGCUCUGGAAUUUUUAUCUAUGAUUUAAAGUCUCGAUGUUACCUUCAAUCUUUAAAUUUGAGCUUCUUUCUCCACAAAUUGUCUCGGUUUUCAUCUGCCCAAAGUAGGUACAAUGUAUAGUGGACCACCAGACAAGGCAUGAAACUAAGCACAACAAUUCAUGUUUCCAUACUGAAAUCUUACCAAGAAUAUGAUGAACGCAUUAAUAUAUCUCAAAUCCAACUCAAAAGUGAUCAAGUAGCGUUUUUUGUCUUUAUCAGUUCAGACCUCUUGCUCUUGAAAGUUGCAGUCCACUCCAGUUAAAUUGAGCACUGAACUAACAUUGGUAUUCCUUACAAUCGAAGAAUUUUCCUGUGGUGACUUUUCUUUUUUUAAAAAAGAUCAAAGGUGCCAUACAUUAGAUCAGAGAUCAAAGAUCAUGUGUGUUAAACCGCACUCAAGUUUUUGCCUGACUUAUAGGUUCUUUUCAAUGGUUAAUUUGAUCUACAUCCAAAAUGGUUUUUUUGCGAGGUGGAAGUUGAAAUUGAGUGUUUGUAGUGUAAACUGCAAACCUUAAUUUCUUACCUAUGAGUUGAUGAUGGAAGUAUACGAUAUGUCUAAUGUCUUCUGCAUGUAACUAUGAUGAGAAAACACGUCUUAUAAUCGUUUAGUUCUUACCUCGUUUUGUGGUCCAUUUUGAAGCUAUUUAUUGGGUCUCCAUUUUUUUUAAAACAAAAUUUUACGUUGCAAAUGUCAAUUCAUUUUAGCAUCUAAUGUGCCUUAAUUUUUUUCUUGACCUAUCCAUCGAUGUGGAAAGUCUUUAUUGCUACCUAAAAAUUUCAUAUUUGUCACAUUUCCUAUUCUUCUUGAUGUCUUCUUUUUUGGCUUUAAUGUCUUAAAAAAUCUCUAUAAAAUUUACUCUCAUUAAAUUAUUUCAAUGAAAUCAGGUGUUAAUGAUGGUACUUUUUUAUUUUUGAUGAAAUCAUGUUAUUGUAAAUAAAGUUUAGCCGUAAGUAGGUAUUUAAGUUCAAUCAUAAUUUAUAUGUUUUUGAUUUUACAUCCAUACUGUACAAAAACAUACUAACUGCCAUUUGAUAAAUACUUUUUGUUUCCGUACAAGACCUCUGCAAUGUUGAUUGUUACACUCCGAAGAAAACUAUUGUGAGCUUCAUUUACACUUGAAGAAUAUUUUGUUCAAAUUUAAAGCAACUAAGUUUGAUCCUUUUCCUUUAGGAAAUGGGAUAGGAGCAGGAAGUCUGAAAUCUUGCUUUGUAAGACAUGUUCUCAAAACGCAACUAUCGAUGUAUUUUUACCCUUAAUGAAACUCACUUGAUUUUUUAAGUGGACUACAUUUUUGCAACUAGGAAUUAUAUUCCUGGCUCAUCUGUAAAAAACCCUUACAUGUAUGGAAAACUAAUACAUACAUCGUUUCUAAACUGAGCCAGCAAUUGGACAGCGUUUAACAGAAAGGAAGCAAGCCACAUCAGCUAUUGCCAAAGCUAACUGGACAAUUUAAUUUUUUACGAGAUAAUGUUUGUGCAGAUUCUUGUGAAAAUGUCAGGGCAUUUGCUUCGUACUAUGGAGAAAAUCCACUGAAAUCAGCACGAAAAUUCCCACAACCGUUUACGUUUAAAAUAUUAAAUUGCCCAAUCAAAUUUGGAAAUAGCUGAUGUGGCUUGGUUCUUUUCUGUUUAGCGCGGUCCAAUUGUGGCUCCCAAUUGCAAAACGUAGUCCAAUUCACAUCAUAGAAAUGAAAUUUAAGCUAUUGAGUUGCGUUGGUAUUUUUUGCUCUUCUGAUUAAUUAAUAAAAAGGAGGACUUACUUUUGAAAUCCCAGAGCCUCUGUGGUUCAAACCAGCGGCGGAUGCUGUUUUAAAAAGAAAAUUGAAACAGAAACGAAAGAUAAAACUGUGCCUGAAGGUCCCAUUGUGUUGGGUUCUGAAGUUGUUUUUGGAACACAAUGCAAUGGAUCUGAAAGAGCACAGUUUUAGUUAUUUUGUUUGUUUAUAAUUCAAUUUUCUCUUUGAUUUAGCUCCUAACUUUGGUGUAAGCUGAAAUGUUCAUAGUGUUUUAAGUGCAAGUCCUCUUAUUUAUUGAUUUAUCGGUAUAACAAAAAAUACCAAAGCAACUCAACAAUUAAAAUCGAUCAGGAAAACCCCAACCUCAAAACAUUUCCCUUCCUAGAUCCAUAAAUUUAAAACUUACCUCGCCACAAAAAUUCGUCAGAAAUGUUUAUUUGUUUUUGACUCAACAGAAAUUUUUAGCUUUCAUACUGCCUUGAAGUAAUCACUUCAAACUACUCUUGUGUAUCAUGGAAGGAAAUCUUGAGUUGCCUUUCAGUAUUCAAGUCUUAUCCUGACUGGCAUUUUCAAAAUAUAGAAAAUUACCAAAUGGAAAAAAUAUUAUCGAGUGCUUGUUAAAUGUGAGGAAACGAUAUGGUUUAAUACCGCAAGACUCUAAAUUUGUACUCACUCUAUUUUUUCUUAUUUCCGUCCUGAACGUUGUUAAUAAUUUUUGUAAAUAUUAAUUGAAAUAUACCUACCAGUAGAAAAAAGCUUUUACAGUAUGAA